AUGAUAAUAAUAUUCCUCGCUGCAAGAAUGUCACAAUUAAAUAAUGUUCUUUCUCGGAUCGGUGAAUUUGGACCAUUUCAGCAACGUGUCUACUUAGUACUCAGUAUUGUUACUGUUUUGCGAUGCUGUCAGAUGUUUCUUCUGGUCUACGUCGCCGAUAAACCACCUUGGAAAUGCGUUUCACGAAAUGCAGGUAUGGUGUUUGACUCAGAAGACUUUCCCUGUCUAGAGAAUGGCUCUUCGUGCGAAGAUAUGCAAUUUAGCGAUGAAUUUACUUCCAUUGUCAGUGAAUGGCAUUUAGUUUGCGAUGAAGAAGUCAAAAGACGUUUUGCAAGUGCGGUAGUAAUGACUGGCUGCCUGCUUGGUGCUCUUUUGUUUGGGGGUAUGGCAGAUAAUCGAGGAAGAAAGACCACCAUAAUAAUACUCGUUUCCAUUUCCUCCAUGAGUUGUUUGGCCAGUGGAUUUGUUUACUCAUUUAACCAGUUUGUUAUUCUAAGAUUCAUUACAGCUGCCACGUUGAACGGUGCAAGUACUGCUGUCUUUGUUCUGAUAUCUGAAAUUGUGGGCCAGUCUGUCAAAGAUGUUGCACUCUCAGGAUAUCAAGGUGUUUAUGCCUUUGGUUAUGUUGUACUAAGUGUGUGCGCCUACUUUGUCAGGGAUUGGAGAUAUCUCACCAUUUUGACAUCUUUUCCUUUGCUACUUUGCUCCUUAUUUCUAUUAAGACAAGGCUUGUGUGAAUCACCUCUUUGGCUGUUAGUAAAUGGUCGACUUAAUGAGUGCAAAUUGUUAAUUAAAGAAAUUGCCAGAACAAAUGGUAAAAAUAUAUCUGAAUCAACUCUGGAAAAACUGUCACUUGAUGUACCAGUGGCAGAUGGCAAAAAUAGUUCACAGUCAUUAUCCCAUCCUGAUAAUAUAAAGAAGAUAUUCAUUUUGAGUGGCGUAUGGCUCCUUUUUUCAAUGUUGUAUUAUGGAUUGUCCUUUGUCUCAGGUAGUUUAAGCAAUAACAAGUAUUUGAGUUUCAGCCUCUCUGGUAUUAUUGAGAUCCCAGCCUUAUUAAGCACUAAGAUGAUACAAUUUGGUCGAAAGAAACCUUUGAUUUGGUUUGCAUUAUUUGGUUCUGCAGCAUGUUUUUUCUGUGCUCUUUUACAAGGGGCCAACCAACCUUAUGUUGGCAAUGUGCUUAUGAUCUGUUCUCUUUUUGGAAAGUUUGCUGUGGCAGCAUGCUACAACAUCAUUUACAUAUUUUCAGCCGAGCAUUUUGCAGCAUCUGUUCGAAGUUUUUCAAUGAGUGUUCUUUCAGUAGCGUCAAGUUUGGGUGGUAUUUUAGCUCCUUUAGUACUUGGAUUGGAGAUAUUCGACACCAAAAUUCCCUUAUUUUGCUUUGCUUUGGGGGCGAUGCUAGCUGCAGGAUUAGUUUUGCCAUUACCAGAAACCGUAAACAAGGCUACACUGUACAAAAAGGAUGAGUAGACAUUGUUCAGAAUUGAGUUGUACUAGUCUGAGUAAGUUAAUCAUUCAAAUAGUUUCUGUAACUUAAGUCCUAUCUUCAUGCUGUGUAUGCAUAUUCUAAUUAGACAUUUGUAGUUAAAGUUUAUUAUAUUAUAUUAUACAAAUGAUUUUAAA